ACUUCCUGGUGGCCGGACGAUUGGAGAAGGAGGAGCCAAACUUCUAUCUUUACAGUGACUCAGAAAACCUUGGAAGAAGGGUCUCCAAUUUUGGGUUUGAUUUUAAGGAGCCAUUGAAUCAAUGGCAUGCUUGUUUAGUGUUUGAUGAAAGGCUUUUAUGAGCUACUUGCUCUUGUGAAAAUCUGAGUUCUAGACAUAGCAAAAGUGCUAGUCUACCGUUUGAUGAUGUUAGAUUUUUAAGGAAUCAAUGAUACUGUUUGUAGUUUUAUGAGUUAGUCCCAUAUAUUUAAUCUAGUACGUAUCCUUUUUGCAGUAUCUAAUUUCCAGUUAUUCACUUAGACGUUAACUUGACACGUUGAAGUUAUGCAUUAAUCUCAGAAGGUUAUGUGGCUUUCAUUUUACCCUUGGAGAUUAUGGAGAUUAGUGUAAUAGAUAGCGAUGCAGUCCUGGCCCCUGAGAUCUGAAGGACAAAUGCAAAGUAGGCUGCUAAAUUUUUUUAUGUAUGGAUAUUGAGAAUUGGGACAGUUCUUCAGAUACUGAGGUCAUUGUUCAAGACGAGGAGGAGGAAGGGAAUUACUUUUCUAUUGGUUCCAGAUCCAAAUUACAAUUCAGGAAAGACAUCUCAAAGGCAAGAUGGAAUGAUAAACUAGGAAUGGAUGAGGUUGUGGAAAAGAAGGGGAAGAUGUGGGUGACAACAGGGAUAGUUCGUGGUGGCAAGACCUGUUGCACAAUUGAGGAGAUUUUGUUUUUAACUGAAAUUGGGGCUUUGCUUCUCUUGGAUGAAAAUGAUAAAUGUCUUUCCUCGAAGGACAUAUAUGAGAAGAUUGCACGUGAGGAGAGUGGGUGCAAUUGGGAGCAUUUUGAGGUUUAUAGACACCUAAAAUCACUUGGUUAUGUAGUCGGACGGCAUGGUGUGCCUUGGACUAAGAAGGGCCUUAAAGUUACUGUCAAAACUGUUAUUCUUGAAGACAUUCCAAAGGAAAAUGACUUGGUUGAAAUGGAUAUAAUAGAUAAGAAUUGCAUCACUGAAUUAUUCAGUAAUAUGCAGAUUAAUGAAAUAAGGCCAACUUUUGAUGUCUAUCUUCCAAACAGCAAGUUUAGAAAGUCUUCUCCAGGCAAUCCCAGCUUCAUGCUCUGCCUCUGUAGGAGCUGCCAUCCACCAUCCAGAGAAGAAAUUCGAGUCCUUGAGGGACAAUGUGGCAGUAUUCCUCUGAAGUUUUGUCAUGUAGAGAAUGGACGAGUCAGUUUGUUUUCCUUUGAUAAGGUGGAACUCCCCGUCUUACCCUAAACUUUUGAGCUUGAUACAAGUCCAGAGGCUAAAAGAAAAUAACUGCAAAGAGCUUUAUCAACUGAAAGCAGUUCUUGGAAUUGCGAGUUUUCCAAUGAAAUGCCUGGUCUGGAGUGAAUAGAGCUUAUGAACAGCACUGUCAGGGUGUCGGCCAAAAAAAAAAAAAAGCACUGUCAGGGUUGAUUGUACACUCUGCACAAUAAUGGCAGUCCAUGUAUGUGUCUUGACAUCGUAUUUUUUACUAUCUCUGUUGUCAGUUUAAUUUAUAUUUAGCUAGUUUGAAAAACUUGCAAGGCAACAUGAAUCAUUAGAGCUGACAGUACACUCCUUGAUAACUGUUAGAAAUUGAUGGCUGAAUGUACAAAUAUGUACUGUAAUCUCUAUGUAGAAGUAAAUAACUGUGAUAUUU